CCUGUUGAGCUUUUUGACAGUUAUAAGAUGUUCGAAGAGGGGGUGUGUGUGGAAAGUGUCAAAAUCAAAGAAUUUUAACCUUUUGUUGCAUUGAAUUACCCACAUUAACACUAAAUUACCUUCAGAAAAUCAAAUUGCAGUGUUUAAGGUUAAACUCGGUUUAUCAGUACUUAUAGUGUAACCUCCAAAAUGCCACCUGUGGAUAAAACACCAGAUAUGUAUACAGGAUCUUUCGAACUGAUUAAUUGUCUACAUGCUUAUUUAAAAGUACCAGUUUUUGAAUACCAUUCGAAAAAUACAGGCCUAACUGUAGUUAUAGCAGAGGUAGAUGGACCUGUUGUAAAUGGUUAUUUCUGUUUAGCUACUGAAGCAUUUGAUGAUGAUGGCCUACCUCAUACUCUUGAACACUUAAUUUUCUUGGGUAGUGAACAAUAUCCAUAUAAGGGCGUUUUAGACUUGUUGGCAAAUCGUUGUUUGGCAUCAGGCACAAAUGCAUGGACUGAUACUGAUCAUACAUGUUAUACAAUGGAAACAGCAGGCAGUGAGGGUUUUUUAGCUUUAAUGCCAAUCUUUUUAGAACAUAUUUUGUAUCCAGUGUUGACUGAGGAAGGUUUUAUCACUGAAGUUCAUCACAUAACACCUGAAGGUGAUGAUGCUGGUGUAGUGUACUGUGAAAUGCAAGGUCGCGAGAACACUGCUGAAUCUAGGCUUCAUGUUAAUUUGGCUAGAGCGAUGUAUCCCGGGCACUGUGGGUAUUCUUCAGAAACUGGUGGUAUUAUGAAGAACCUCCGAGAAUCUACAAGUAAUGGCAAAGUUCAAGCUUAUCAUAAAAAAUUCUAUAGACCUGAAAACUUGAAAGUUAUUAUUACUGGGCAGGUAAAACAUGAGGAUGUUUUUAAAGCUUUAGAACCACUGGAACAGAAGAUUAUAUUGAACGGGGAACGAGGGAAGUUUGAAAGACCUUGGCAGAGUUCUGUGCCCCCAUUAACUGAAUCAAAGGAUUUAAUUAUUAAGUAUCCUACAGAUGAAGAGAGUAAUGGCGUUUUCUGUAUAGGCUGGAGGGGGCCCUCGACUGUCAAAGAACAGUAUAUGUUAACAGCAGUGUGUAUAUUCUUGAAGUACCUUACUGAAUUUUCAACAUAUACUUUACCAAAGGAAUUUAUCGAAAUUGAUGAUCCCUAUGCCAGUAACAUUUCGUUUAAUUUCUUGGAAAAUUCGGAAUCUUGUAUUUACAUAAUGUUUGAAGACGUGCCUCUAGCUAAAUUAGCUGAGGUUAAAUCAAAGUUGCAAAAUCUGUUUAAAACGAUUGUUGACAAAGAAGAUAUUAAUAUGGAACGCAUAAAGAGUAUAAUUAAACGAAAUAAACUUGAGCAUUUGAGUAAUAUUGAAAAUAAUCCCCACAGUACACUGGCUUUUAUAACUAUUGGACAUAUGUUGUAUGGUAAUACUAAAGAAGAUCUUCAACAAAGAUUAAAUCCUCUGGUUGAUUUAGGUAAACUCUUGAAAGAACCUAAAUCGUUUUGGGUGUCGCUAAUGAAUAAGUACUUUGUAAAUAACAACUACGUUGCUGUUCAGUGUAUUCCAAGUAAGGAAGAACACAUUAAGAUGGCAGAAGAAGAAGCAACUCGUGUUAAACAGCAAGUAGAACAACUAGGAGAAGAGGGUUUAAAACAAAAAGAGAAAGAGUUAGAAGAUGCUGUAAAAUUUAAUGGAAGAGAUCCACCCACUAAUAUGCUAACUUCACUGCCGAUUCCUAGUCUUGAAUCCAUUAAUUUUCAUGAUAUAAAACGAUAUCGAACUGACCUAAAUGAUAGACAACAAAUUGAUUUGUCUAACACGAAUGUGUAUACUUGUUUUGAUCAUAUAAAGUCUGAGUUUGUCUACAUAUACGCGCUUUUGGAUAGCACCUUGGUCCCUCAAGAACUACGUAUUUAUUUGCCGUUGAUGCUGGAAUCUUUGUUUGAAUCUCCGAUCAGAAAAAACGACAAACUUAUACCUUAUGAAGAUGUCAUCGAGCAGUUGAACAACGAUACAGUGUCAUUUAGUUCAAGUCUUGGUUUAGGAUCUAAACCUUUGUUUAAGUGUGGGCCGUACUCGCACACAAUUUCAGUAAUGUUGCAAGUUGAAAUAGCAAAAUAUGAAACUGGUAUAGAGUGGCUACGUGAUAUCUUAUAUAAUACGGUGUUCUCAGUAGAUAGACUGAAAAUAAUAGCAGCUAAAAUGAAUAAUGCAGUAGCCCAAGCUAAAAGAUGUGGCCGAGAUGUGGUAGCUUACGCCAUGCGAGGUCUGCGAUAUGUACAAAAUAGCAACAUUUAUAACAACGGCAUCCUUGUUCAAAAUAAAUUUUUAACAGAAACUAGUGAAAUACUUACCAGUGAAAAAUCUGCAGAAGUGUUGAUCACUUGUGAAAAAAUAUGGCAAAUUCUUGUUGAUCCAAAGAACGUUGUAUUACAUCUAAUCGGAAAUUUGGACUGUAUUCCUGAUGCAGUUACACCUUUAAAGAAUUUUUUACCUGAGAAUGCCACAGCUGCUCAAGAAAGAUUGCAUGUAACUCCUGACUUAAAAUUACUGAAGUCCCUUGAAGAUCAAGAUUUAAAUGGUUGCGUAAUUGGAAUGGGUUGUUUAGAAUCAUCUUUCUUUCAUCAAACGGUUGACAGCAUUAGUUCAUAUGAGGAUCCAGACUUGCCUGCUUUGAUGCUUUAUCUGCAGUACUUAAUUCAAGCAGAGGGCCCCAUGUGGCGUCAAAUUCGAGGUAAAGGUUACGCUUACGGGUACACGAUGAUGGUUAAGCCUCAUGAAGGUCUUCUGUACCUGGUGUUUUCAAGGGCAACUAAUGUUGUUGGUGCUUAUAUGGAAGCAAAGGAUAUAAUUUUAAAUCAAAUCAAUACUGAGGAAUGGGAUAACAAUUUGAUUGAUUCAGCAAGAAGUUCUUUAAUUUUUGAAUUAAUAGAAAAAGAGAAAACCAUAGGAAGCGUUAUUGGGUUGUCAGUUAUCUCAUAUUUUCAAGAAGUUGAUUUCACUUACAACAGGAAUCUUUUAAAUCUUAUCCACAAUGUUACUGUCGAAGAAUUGAAUAAAGUUGGGAAAAAGUAUCUGUCAGCACUGUUUGAUCCUAAAAGAGUUAAGACUGCAAUUGUUUCGGUUCCUGCUAAAGCUGAACAAAUUAUGGAGGCCUUUAAAAGUGUUAACAUUGACCUAACUUUGUAUCCAUCACUGGAAGAAAGUUUCCUGAAGUAAGUUAAUACGUAACGAUUUUAAAUUGUAACUUUAUUAUCACAAAACUUUAUCAAUACCCACCUUCAUGUCCUAAAAUUUGGAUGUAUUUAUUAAAUACAAGAUUACUAAAG